AUGGCAGACAAGAAACUCCUCGUUGUGCUUGGGGCUACCGGCAAGCAAGGCGGUUCAGUUAUCAACUCCAUCCUCGGCGAUGAGAAAGCUGCAUCGCAGUUCGCUAUCCGGGGAAUCACUAGAGACCCAUCAAAGCCCUCGGCCCAGGCUCUGACUAAACGGGGAGUCGAGUGUGUCAAGGCUGAUCUCAACAGCAAGGAUUCUCUUACCGAAGCUUUCAAGGGCGCAUAUGCUGUCUUCGCCGUCACCAAUUUCUGGGAGACGGGAAGCGCCGAGACUGAGAUCCAGCAGGGCAAGAAUAUUGCUGAUGCUGCCAAAGAGAAUAGUGUCCAACAUUUGAUCUGGAGCAGUUUGAUCAAUGUGACAAAGGUGUCCGGCGGGAAACUCGCAGGAGUCUCUCACUUUGACUCCAAGGCUGCUGUCGAAGAAUAUAUUUGCAGCAUUAAAGUACCAGCCACCUUCUUCCUUCCCGGAUUCUACAUGUCCAAUAUCUCAGCUGGCGCCCUAAACAAUGCAUCAGGGAUAUACAACCUCAGCAACCCAGUUCCAAAUGAUACCCCCAUACCACUUUUUGACAGUUCUAGGGAUACCGGAAAAUUCGUCAAGGCCAUCUUGCUUAACCGUGAGAAAGUGCUUGGAAAGCAGGUAUAUGGAGCAACAGAUUAUUACACACCGGACCGCAUCAUCGCCGAGUUUCAGGCUGUGAAGUCACAGGAUGGCCAGGGCGGUGCUGCUAUCCGGAUCCCAGAUGAGGAUUUUAAGGGAAUUCUUGCCAUAGGUAACAUGUCAGAGAAAGCAAGGGAGGAGAUGCUUCAGAACAUGCAACUUUUGUACAUGUUUGGGUAUUAUGGCGGCGCAAGCUUGAAAGAAAGUCUCGACCUCCUUGACGAGCCGCCGACCACCUGGAAGGAGUUUGUCGAACAGGAACCUGCAUGGGCUCAUCUAAAGUGA